GUUUUCUUGACAGUAGAACCCAGAAGUGACGAACGAACGACGAACGAAUCGAACGAUCGUCAAAAAAAAAAGUGAUUGUGUGUGUUCUACAUGGAUUAAAAUCAAUUGUUUUCUUUUCCACAUGAAAACAAUCGUAACAAGUGUCGUCUUCGUCGAUUAUUGCGUCUCACAUUGAGCCCCCCAAAAAAAUCAUUCGUUUGCAAAAUUUUUGAUAAUAAACAUUCGAUUUUUGUGUUGUAAUCGGACGCAGCCGGCACCUUUAAAAAAGUGUACGGUUCCGGUCCAUGUCAGUGCGCGUCACAAUAAAAAAAAACAACUCCUCCUUAUCAGCGGGGAUUAAUAAUCGAGGGAAAAAACGUCAAAUAUUGACGCUACAUGUGUAGAAGAAGAAAAAGUGUUUUUUAAAGCUCUUUUUAGAAGGUGACCGUUUAGGCAGAAGGGGCGGUCUUUUUUUUGAGGGAUUCUCUCCUACAGUUUAAUUAACGGACGUGGCGUAGCUCCUUGAUAAGGAGCCCCAGGACUGGCAACGGUUUCGUUGGGGGAUAUUAUCGAAACUGGCGGUGGUGUUGGGCGGAUCAGGAGGGACAGAGGUCAGGUUUUGGAACAGAGAAAGGAACAAGAGUCCUGGGGGAGGAAAAAAAACCAGGAGAAAGUGGUGAAACAUUGGAGAAUUGGAUUGGCAUUGUCGUAACAAUACAACAGCAUCAGGGAAUCCUGAGAUAAAAUCCGAUCCCCUUCCCCCUGCACAGUCAACUCUUCUUCAAUUGAGCGAGACAAAAAAAAAAAAAAAAAAAGGAAUAAAUAUUUCGUAUAAGUAGCAAAUUUUUAGAACCGAAUCCAGUAAGCAUUUUGUGACACGUGCGCCAUGAACGAAUUAGACAGUCUUCGCCAGGAGGCGGAAACGCUAAAAAAUGCCAUUAGGGAUGCGAGAAAGGCAGCAUGCGACACAACAUUGGUUCAGGCCACAUCGGGCAUGGAACCAAUUGGUCGAAUACAAAUGCGCACGAGAAGAACACUCCGCGGUCAUUUGGCAAAAAUUUACGCCAUGCACUGGGGCAGUGAUUCAAGUGACUCGAGAAAUUUGGUGAGCGCUUCACAAGAUGGAAAGCUGAUUGUUUGGGAUAGUUACACCACCAAUAAAGUUCAUGCGAUCCCACUGCGUUCAUCGUGGGUUAUGACUUGUGCUUACGCGCCGUCUGGAAGUUACGUCGCUUGCGGUGGAUUGGACAAUAUUUGUUCAAUUUACAGUUUAAAGACAAGAGAGGGAAAUGUUCGCGUUAGCAGGGAAUUACCGGGACACACUGGCUACCUGUCAUGUUGUCGGUUUCUUGAUGACAACCAAAUUGUCACCAGUUCAGGCGACAUGUCCUGUGCACUGUGGGACAUUGAAACCGGACAGCAAUGUACUUCGUUCAUUGGACACACAGGUGAUGUGAUGUCCCUCUCGCUUGCACCUGAUAUGCGCACCUUCGUUUCCGGUGCUUGUGACGCGAGUGCAAAAUUGUGGGACAUUCGCGAAGGCUCUUGCAAACAAACUUUCCCGGGACAUGAAAGCGACAUUAACGCUGUCACGUUCUUCCCCAAUGGCUACGCCUUUGCGACGGGUUCAGAUGACGCGACUUGUAGAUUAUUCGAUAUUCGAGCUGAUCAAGAAUUAGCAAUGUAUAGUCACGAUAAUAUCAUUUGUGGAAUAACGAGCGUAGCUUUCAGCAAAAGUGGAAGAUUGCUUCUGGCCGGCUACGAUGAUUUCAAUUGCAAUGUUUGGGAUUCAAUGAAGACCGAACGAGCGGGAAUUUUGGCGGGACACGACAAUCGGGUUUCCUGUCUGGGAGUCACGGAAGAUGGAAUGGCAGUAGCGACAGGAUCCUGGGACUCGUUCCUUCGUAUCUGGAACUAAAUUUGGAAACGCAUUUUCCAAGGAGUUUACCAAAACUAAAAUCCUGCAGUCAAAACCCAGUUAAAAGAAGAUAAAAAAAUAAAAACAAAAAUAAAAACCAUCAUCAAGAUCAAAAUCUGAUCGAAGAAAUAAAAAAUCAAAGUUUUCACUUUGAAACGCUAAGAAAGAAAGAAAGAAAGAAAAAAAUUCCAUUUUAGAGCUGUGAACUCGGCAGAAGAAGAAGAAGAAGAAGAAAAAGAUUCGUAGCGUUUGCUGAAUCGCCGCGAAAAAAAAAUGUUAAAACAGCGUCUAUCAAAAAACGCUUCUAUAUUAUUAUAUGAAUGAUAAUAAUUAAUUAUUAUAAUUAAACACUAGUGGCGUAUACCAAAAAAAAAGAAGAAAAAGGAAAGGAAUUAAAAUUGAGAGUUGAAAAAAAACAUCAAAAAAAAAGAAUAAAUAAAAAGAGAGAAUGAAGUUAAAAAAAAUUUUAGAAAAUAGAAAAAUAAAUAUCGAAAAAAAAAAGUGUGAAAGUGUGCACACUUAAAAAAAAACAAAGAAGGAAAUCCUUCCGAAUCAACAGAAGCCAAAAUCAUCACCAUUUUUUAAUCAUCAUUUUUUCUUCCUCUUCAUUUUCUUCCUUUUUCUCCAUUUUUUGUGAAAAAACACACAGUCCAAGAUUUAAACAAAUAAAAACAAUACAAAAAACUGCUUUUUCUCUCUCAUGAGGAAAUAGAAAAUAAAAAAUUUCAAGAAGAAAACGACGAGGAAGAAAUAUAUCGGCUCAUUUUUGACGCAAAAAAAAAAAUAAAAUAAAAUAAAAUAAUUAAAAAAAAAAUAAAGAAUCUCCGUAGAUCGAUUUAGGUUUUUCUACUGACUCGAAAG